AUGAGUGUGUUGACAUCCGAUCAAGUCACUGGGUCACUCAGGCAACUCAAGGGCUCCUUCACUCUCGUGCGUGACCGCUUCAAGAGCUUUCAGAAGAGAGGGUUGAUCGAGACACACGGCCCCACCAUCAAGCAAUCCCUGUCACGGAAGAGGAGGGUGGUGGAGCAGGGCAGUCGGGGGGCGAGGGAGCGGGAGAUGCAUGCUGAAAUCCAGGCCAUGCGGGCGGCAAGGCACGAGACCAAGAAGGCUGCGGCAAAAGCUGCUGCAGAGUCUAGCAACCUGGAGUUAAAUAUUGCAUCAGAGAAGCAAGAGGUCGCACAGCAGACGAGAAAGGGUCGAAGCGUGCGAGCAGAGAUACAACAAGCCGACAGUCGCCCGUCGACCACCUCCGACUCGCACAGGUAUCGCACAGCCGCCAAGCAGUCGUACAGCAGCCGCACAGCAGUCGCACAUCGAUCGAGCGACAUGGCGAAUCUGGGAUUCUUCAAGGAAGUAAUGGCGGAAGCGGUAGACAGGGCGAAGGGUGCCGUGGUGGAGAAGACGCAGGCGGCGGUGGGGAAGGCGAGGGAGAUGGUGGGACUGGUGGAUGCCUCGGCGGAACCCUCCGCGCCUCCCCCGGAGCCGUCGAUUUUGGACGAACUAAAUCAGUACUGCUCGCUCACACUGAAACAGAGAAUAUACGGCUUUGCCACGUGUCUCUGCAUCGGCAUCUUCUGCACGCUCAUGUCCAUUCUUGUGUUCCCACAUCCCAUCAAAUUCGCUCUCACCUACUCGAUUGGGAACCUCAUGGCCAUUGGCAGCACAGGGUUCCUGAUUGGUUUCAUGCGGCAGCUCAAGAUGAUGUUUGAUCCGAUCCGAAUUGGUGCCGCGAUCGUCUUUGUCCUCUCACUCGUUCUCACGCUCGUUGCUGCUCUUUAUGUUCAAGACGCCCUUCUCACUCUUCUCUGUAUCGUCGUGCAAGCGUGCGCCCUCGUAUGGUACUCAUUAAGCUACAUCCCCUUUGCACAGUCGUCUGCUAAAAGGUGCAUGCGCAUGUGCUACGAGGCGGAGUUUUGA